ACGAAUCAGUCUGACGAAUUCCAACGUCACUAGUUUUUACCCACUACUGAACGUUAUGGCUUCCUCUCGCUUGAGUCGUGGGAAGAUAAGUAAAGACGAUAUUUUGAAGAGUAUCGUAGUAUCGAACAUUCCUCCGGGGACCAAAGAAGAGGCACUUGUGAUUCAUUUUCAACAGCGCAAACAUGGCGGCGGCGAUGUGUCAUCGAUAUCUCUCACAGCAAACGGAAACAGCGCUAUUGUAACAUUUGAAGAUGCGGAAAGUAAGAUGUGAACGAAUUAUUAUUAUUUUUUUUACAAACUGCAAUACAUGUAUCACUUUAAUCCCCGUUCACUGCUAAAAGGUUUCGUUGUUCUACACAAACACUGACACUUAAGUCAAUAAUACAACUUACCAUCAAACACGAUUAACACCCAUUAAGACAUGCACGUAUUUAUAAUGUGCCUAAAAAUGUCGGAGAAAAUUUUCCUAUUCUGCUUAUAGUGGGAUAUUUUUAAAUUUUAGAAGUACUCCAUGACGUGACUGGCAUGGAUAUGAUUUCUUGUCAAUUGUGUGACGCAGUAAUGGUUCUUGUAACACACCCAGAAUUUGUUUAGACCAGUGCGUGACAUUACUGUUUAUUUCAGCCGCAUUAAUUCUCAGACUACAAUUACCGAUAUUAAUUAAUGAACACGUUUUUCGUUUUUGUAUAUUUUAUAGCUGUAGAAGCAGUUCUCAAAACAGAACACAGGAUUGAAGGAGGUGUGCUUACCAUUGGUCGAUAUCAAGAGAAAAGAACUGUCGUUGAUGAAGUAAGUUAAAAGUAACGCUUGGAAUCCGUGCAUCUUGUCUCAACAAAUGAGUUGGGUGGGGUACUCCCUCAUUCAAUGCUAACCAUUUUAUGCCCUUGUUUGGGUACAGCUUUUUAACCUCCAUAGUCCGAAAAAAGGUAUACUUUGGUCUGAAGUUUUUUUACAGUCUAAAAGAGAAACAAAUGUUUAUUAUUAUUUACCUCUUGAGAAGAGAGCGUUUCUCAAAUAGUGAUGUUAACUAAAACACUUAAAUCUAGGCAGCUGGGUUCAUGUGUCAGAGUGUACAUGCCUCAACCCUCUGCUUUGAAGUCAGCAAGGUGUUGGAUUUUGGGUCGGGUCCAAAAUAUCUAAAAGAAAGGGUCAGGAAAAUCGCAUAAUCUGCUCUGGAAUAGCUGAUACGAUUUCUUGAAGCAUGCUGCACACACACCCCCAUGGACAGACUUACUAAGAAAAGCGUCUCUUCAGCCAACCCAUAAUGUCACUACUCAUGCCCCCCACUUGAAAAAAUGUUCUGCUUUCCCAGAACCUUCCUGAAUUUACUUGGAGCGUUCGGCAUGAAUAUUAUUGUGGUCAAUACCCUACCGUUCAAUUGUGCUUCUUGACCCUUGGCAACUAUGCCAUGGCUUGCCUGUUUCUUUUUUAGAAUGUUGUCAAAAUACUGCUGGUCAUCUUUAUCCCUUUAUGAUUAAGACAAUGUCUUUCCUUAGGAUUUCAAGGUCUAACAUCUUCUAAGCUUUGUUCCUUUGAUGUAUCGUGCAGUGAUUGGAAUUUUGUUUCUUUCUUUGACAAUAUGUAAGGUUUUUUCAAACGUUACGGCAACACUGGAUCCCAAUGAAUUGAACAUUUCGCCACACGAGGUUGAACAACUUCUGGACAAAAUUAAAGCGAAGAUAGGUGUGUCCUUUGAAUAUAAAGAGCGAUACUUUUUGAUUCGUGGAUCACUAAAGGAGAUCAAUGACUGUCAAUUACUCCUUCAAAAGUAUUUAACGCCAGAUGAGAACAUUUCUGAUAAAUUAGGCAACUGUUCGUUAAACGUCGAGGAUGUUUCAGCAGGGACGGAAAGAGCAAUCAACAAAACUAUGACACCGAAUACGUCUGAUGGUGAGAACGCUGGUGUUAUUAUAGCGACGCCAGUUUACGACGUUGCUGAGGAAAAAGAUCUUUACAGUGGGAAAAUCGGCACAGAAGAAACUGAAGGAGUUGCCCAUCCUUUGAAAUCUGACAUACAGACGUUUAACACUGAUCCUUUAGCUGUGAGCUUCAUAAGACAGUUUUAUACGAAACAGGUGCAGGAUAUCAGCAAGGAUUGCCUCGUCUCCUUUGAGAUUGUGAAUUCUGACACCCAAGUUACAUUGAAACCUACACAAGACUGUGAUCCCGUUAGGUACAAUGAAGCUUGUAGUAGAUUUGUUAUGGUUCUCAAUUCAGCCUCACAGGGUAUGACUUCUUGGGAGUUGGAUUUAAAGGGCAAGGAUAAAGAAGUGGCUGUUUCUUUGAUCCAAUACCUCUCGUCAGAGUUCCCAGUUAUAUUGGGUCAGCUGCAAGAAAACGGUCCUUUCGUUGUUUAUGGAGAUACUGCAUCGGUCGAGCAAGUGAAAUUGAGUUUAGAAGAGAGAAUGUACGAACAGACUGUUGGUGGUGAUGUGCUCUUUGAAACUCAGCAAAUGGCCUUGGCAGGGCCAGGAAGCGUUUCCAUAGUAACAUAUUCCUAUCGCACGGAGGGUGGUGUCAACAUUUCCUUACGUUAUGGAGACAUAACGAGUGAGAAUGUUGAUGCAAUCGUUAACCCUGCAAACGAGUUUCUGCAGCAUAUAGCUGGCCUUGCAGGGCAUAUUGUCAAGAAAGGUGGCCCUAAUAUUCAGAGCGAAUCGGAUGAAUUGAUAUCUGAAGAACGGCGAGGUAGGCCACUGAGCUUGGGUGAAGCAGUCUAUACCAAGGCCGGGAAUUUGCCUUGUAAGUAUGUAAUACAUGCUGUGGGUCCGGAAUGGGAAAAGCAAUCUAAAAAGAAAACCAUAAAUCUGCUUCACACGGCGUGCGUCGAGAGUCUUAAACUGGCAUCUAAGCUGUGCUUAUCUUCCAUCGCUUUACCUGCCAUUAGCUCUGGACUGUUUGGUGUCCCAAUAGACCUGUGUGCCUCGUCUAUGCUUAACGGAGUGGAACAGUACCUGGAGCAGUUAAAAAAGACUAAAUUGCAGAAAAAAGAAGACGCUGAGGAAGCAGAUGUGAAAGGAACAAAAGCAGAGAAAAAGAAAAAUGGAAAGGAAACAAUGAAGAAAGCUUCAGAGCAGAAAACUGGGGGUGUAAAGGAACAAGAAGGUACAACGUUAGUAGACAUUCGUUUCGUACUUAUUGAUGCUGAUGCAAUGGAUGCCUUCGAAAAAGAGUGUGUUAAAAGGUUUAGUGAAAAGCAAACAAAUCCAAGCAGUGACGAUGAAAGUCUUUAGUGCACAAUUCUACCAAAGUGUUGGAAAGCUUGGAAAGAAGUUGUAAACACGCCUUUUUUUCCCGUGCGAAAUGAUUCCCACGAAUUCUCGGUAACAAAGUAAAUCUCAAGAAUUCCCAGUACUUCUUGAGAAUUCUUGAGAAAGCUUGCAACUUUAUAAAAUUCGCAGAAAUUCCACGGAAUUUCCGAAUUUCAGUCACUGUGGCUCUCUACAACAAUUUCACACCUUCUGGGACUUCUCGGGAGUUCUCAAGAAUUCUCGAGAAUAAUGUGAAUUUCAAUUUGACAAGGGAAUUCGAAAUACAACUCUUGAGAAUUCUCAGGAAUUUUUGGGAGUUAUAGUCUCGCUGACGCUAAUACGCGCCCUAUAGAUAUUAUUUGCAGUGAGGGUAACCCUGAUGCUAGGGUUACUCCAGCCAGACGGGCACUCGAGCACUCGCGCAUUUCUUCUCUUUUUAGACGUGUUUACAAGGCAGGUAGGGAUACCCUAGCGCUAGGGUAACCCUACCUGAGUGUUAGGGUUUCCAUAGUAAGAGGGUUUUCCUACCUGCCCUGUAAACGCUCUGCAAGGGAUAACUCGUCUACCCGGGACAACUUUCCUCCGUGAAGCGUGACCUGAGUAAUCUUCAUGACAAUUUGAACGGAAUUUUCCAAUUUCUGAGCUAAAUUAUAAACAUCUGAACAAUGCAAGGUAAUUUCUCUAUAUGAUGAUAAUAUUUUCCCGUUUUGUCGUGAAUUUAACGUGUUUCCCUCAGAGAACUUCAAGUUUUAUCUCAAAUCUUAGACGUUAUCU